AUGGGUGAUAUAGUUGAAUUCGUAACCUUAAAUGGACACCAGAAGAUAUUCUACAAAAUAACAAGCAGUGCCAUUAACUUUGAAAUUAAAGCUAUGGGAAAUGCAGUAAUUGGAUUAUCAAAAAAAGUCGGUCCAGAAUGUGAUUACUUGAUUGUACUUGGUGACAAUCGGCGGUCAUGGAUAAAAAAAUAUCAUGGCAGACAUUCAAGAGAAAAAGCAGAUACUCCGAACAUUCUGUCCAAUGAAGAGUACAGACGAUUUUGGGUGUCAUGGUUUGGAGAAGCUAUUCGACUUGGUGGUGAUGGACAUACAAAUCCUAUAGUAUCCUACAAUAACUACCCCACACUGGAUAUUAAAUAUGUCACAUUCUUUGUGUUAAAUCAUGACUACCAAUAUCCUGUGCAUUGGAAAGUUGAAUUACCACCUAUCAUACAAAAACCUGUCCUGAAGCCUUUAACUGAUGGUGAACUUCAUUGGGUACCAAUUGACGCGAACACACAUGUUCUACCUGAUGGAGUACUCAUUGGUGGUUAUGAAAAAGAGAAUCUAUACAUAAUUAGGGCUAAACACAGAGGAUCGCUAACCCCUGGUAAAUUUGUCCCUGCUGAAGGCACUGCAUACAUUUCGUGGGGAGGAGAUGCACAUACCAAAAGUGUAUUUGAGGUUUUAUGUGGAUUUAACUGCAUGUGGGUUCCAUGUUCUAAGGACAAGAUACCAGUUGGAGCUAUCGUAGGCGGCUAUUCAGAGAAUAUUGAACAUGAAAAACUUUAUGUUGGAAGAGCUAAAUAUUUAAAUUACAUUAUACCUGGAAAAGUGCAACCAUCACACAAAGUUUGUUACAUAGCGUAUGACGGUAAAGAAAUAGGCGUCGACAAUUAUGAAAUACUUGUACAUCCUGAAACAAGGAGGAGUGCAAACAAAGUAUUGAUUCCCCAUUAUGAUAUUCCUGAUGAGAUAGAAAUAGAACACGAUGACGACGAUGAUGAGGAUGAUGAUGAUGAUGACAAUGAUUCAGUUAUCAUAUUUUGA